ACCUUCGACCCCGCUCUACGACGUCGCUCAACCACACGCUGCAACAUGGUCUUUAAGGUCCUCUUGGUCGCAGCCGCCGUGCUCUGCCUCGGCCGGGCGUCCCCACAGAGGUACCAAGCCGUGGGCGUCCUGCAGCCACAGACUUCUCGCGAUCUGGGCAACUACGAGAACAUAGUCGCAGCCACCAUCGACGUGCUGCCAGAAAUCGUUAAGGUCUUCAGCAAGGUCACGCAGGCCCGGGGUAGGGCCAGUGAACCCCAGAUCAUCCAACGCCUCAUGAUGGACUUCAUGCCCAUCACACGCAAGGUCAUGGAGGCCACGGAGAAGGCGGAGGGCACCAAGAUCCCAGAGGACACGUACCAGGGCUUCAACGCCGCCGAGAGGGUCAUGCCGCACGUGGUCACCUUCAUGGAUCAGCUCAGGGACAUGGACUUCUUCGGACUCUCCACCACCACGAGGAGGCCCACGGAACGUCUGUAGUGAAGCCAUUCGCUCGCCUUCGUAUGAGCUCUGUAGCAGUUCCUUUGUGCAACGUCAUUAUCCCGUCUUUCUCCUAUGAGGAUUCUCAUCUUAAAACUGUCAGUCCAACCUUUAUGAAACUGUACACUAUACAAGCAAAAUAUAUAAACAUAACACCAUAAACUCAU